AUGAAGAAGUUUGAUCCGAGCCGAGUAUGGGUGGGCAAAAAGACGAUGGAAAAGCUAUACGACCCCAAAUUUGGAAACACAGACCAUGAAUUGGUUGAAAAAAUGAAACAGCUUAUUGUUAUGUACGACGAGGAGAAUGAGUACGGAGGAGAUGGCGUUUGUGAUCGUGUGGAGGGUAGUUAUGGUGGUGUUGGUGCACCAGACGAGUCGUUGUCGAAAGUAUCACGCGUAGACAUGUGA